ACAUUUCAAAUUUCUCAAAAUAAAAUAAAAAAUAAUCACAGGAGCUACGAAUUUGUUGGGAGUUUGUAUGAACGAACGAUUGAACGCCAAAUUCUCGCCCCCCCAAGAUGUCUACUUGAAACAGAACCAACUGGAGGAGAGGGUCCUCAGGUCAAGAUCUGAGGCUUUUUUUGGCUUUUCCUUUUCCACAAAUUAGUUUAAAAGAUGAGCGCUUCUAGGUUUAUCAAAUGUGUUACUGUUGGUGAUGGAGCUGUCGGCAAAACUUGUUUGCUUAUUUCAUACACCAGCAAUACUUUCCCCACGGAUUAUGUGCCGACAGUUUUUGACAAUUUCAGUGCGAAUGUGGUUGUUAAUGGGAGCAUUGUUAAUCUGGGUUUGUGGGAUACUGCUGGACAAGAGGAUUAUAACAGAUUAAGACCAUUGAGUUACCGUGGUGCCGAUGUUUUCAUAUUGGCUUUCUCUCUCAUAAGCAAGGCUAGUUAUGAAAAUGUCUCCAAAAAGUGGAUUCCAGAGUUGAAGCAUUAUGCACCUGGUGUCCCCAUAAUUCUGGUUGGGACAAAGCUUGGUAUGUUUGUUGCUGCAUAAUGUGAUAUUCAUAUGCGGAUGCCGUUUUCUCUAUAUUUAUAUAUGGUAUUAGUCAUGGUUUAUGUUUAGGUGAAA